AUGCCGUCACUUGCUCGAUGGAUGUCUCCAAAGCGUCAGGAUUUAAAUGAAGGAGACAGCCCAGUGAUAUCACCAGCUGCGAGGGGUAAGUAUCAUCAUAAAUAUGGUUCACAUAACACUCUCGGAUCACAUGCCGUAUCACAAACCGUUAUCGAGGAUAAUACCGCCCAAGUUGAUGGGAAAGGAGUUCGUAAUUCCGUCGUUUUCGCAGAGUGUUUAGAAAGCCCCCUGCUCAGAACCAAGGAUUCUCCACUUGGAGAUGGAGGAUCCCAUCAACCAUCCACCAAUACCGGAGAUAAGUGCGUCACCCUACAGCAGGUCGCGAAAUUGAUGACGCACCCCACACUACUCCAAAAGGAAUGGAAGGCUUUCUACUGCAGCGCGAAAACCGGCAAAGGCAUUGACGAAGCUUUUCAGUGGUUAGCCACCACUCUGAGUUUUUCGUCCUAG